AUGAUGGCCUCGAACUCCAAAACGGGGAAACAAGCGCAACCACCAAAGACUGGAAUCGUAACCAAGACUCUCCUGAACAAUGUUGGCCGACAUUCAAAGACUCUGCUUCUUCUUGCUCUCACUUCACUCGUUCAUUUUCGCUUCCCUUUCUCACUUCUCUCUACAUUUUCCACUUCCACUCUCCACUUCCACUUCCACUUUACUCUCCACAAACUACCAAUCUACUACAAUAUGGAUACAAACUUUGAGGUCACAACCUCGCCGAUAUUCACGAUUCUUGUCGGUCCCGACAAGAAGAAAGCAUACAUACAUUCGGCCAUGCUGGCGAAUACCUCCGAUGUCCUCAAUGCACUAGUCCACGGGGGCAUGAAGGAGGCGAAGGAAAAGAAAGUCGAAUGGCCUCACGUCGAUGAGGAGACGUUCUCCAGGUUCUUCCAAUUUGUCUAUGGAAGGGACUACGUAGUCCCUUCCCCAAUUGUACUCUCCAUCCCCGAAGACGCCGACAACUCCCACCCGGAGAACGAUGACACGAACCCAAGCCCCGAAGAGUCUGACUGGAAUCGAACCUUCUCCCUCCAGGAGAACUGGCCUGAGUUUGGGCCUCUUUACAUCCAAAGCUAUGAGGAUCACCAUUGGGUCGAUGACGAGUUUCCUCAUGCUCAGAUCACAUGGCAGCCAUCACCAACAUACGCCAACCAGGACUGGACCCCAUUUUUUACCAAACAGGCCCAACUGUAUGUCGUGGCGGAUAUGUAUCUGGUCGAACCGCUCAUUCGUCUGGUCCUCUUGAGGACCUACAGUUUCCUGAGACAAUUUGAGCUUCUCGAAACCAACAUGGACACUGUCAUUGAUUUCAUCUACCUCGUCUACGAAAACACUGCCCCGAGGUACGGUGAUCGAGUUGAUCGCAUGAGAGACUUAGUGGCUCGCUAUGUCGCCGUGGUUGCUCGCGCUUUCGAAAAAUACGAAGCCUUUACCCAACUUCUUGAGGACCAUGGCGAUUUUGCCGCUGAUCUGUGGAGGGUAGCCUGGGGACACUAG